AGGAACUGAGAAACCGUAGGUCCACUUGACCGAAACCGGUUGAUUGAGAGAACGCAUCUUGUCGGGGAAGAAUAAAAGUGAUUGAUAUGUAAAAAUGACAUGUGAAUUUAAGCGUUAUUUAGGAGAGAUCACGCAUUCUUGAUACUUGAACAUACAUUUUUUUCGACGCAGUCUUCUUCUUUCUUCUUUUCCGAAAGCAACAUAUGGCAUUUUUUGCGUCAUUCGGUGCUUCACUUCGGUGCCGUGUGUAUUUUGCCGUUUCAUCCGUUACAUUAUCGUAAAGGAAUAACUGGCUAUAUUUUUUUUUUGUUACAACAGUUGCAAUUCUAUCUGUUUCUUGUUACAGAAAACGCUUUUAUGUUAAUCACUUUCUUUCUUCGAUUAAAUAUCCAUAAGUAGAAUAGAUUAAAAUGUAAUUUUUUUAUAUGUAGAACACGUAUUAAUUUUCAUACGACAUGUUAAUAUAUCGGAAUUUUAAAUUUCACGAUACGGUAAGUUUCGCUCCACCAUUAGUCUCUAUGGCUGAACGUAAUAAUAUACCGCGGAUACAAAGAGAAAGGGAGGAAAAGAGCACGGCUAUGCUAGAAACGGUAUCGCCGCACAGUCGCGAGUCUGGUUUUUUUCUCCAACGAACUCCUGUGACGAACUGGAACUUGAACGAUCUCGACGAACUUGUCACGUGUGUCGUCGUGGCUCUUACUUAGCAGCGCUUCCGGACUGUAGGCGAUUAUGAGAAGCUGUAAGAGUCGCGAAACACACAUACUUAAUAGUCUCUUUCUUUCUUUCUCCGUGUACGUAGAAUAUCGGGGACACUAUCCGCUCUGCUCUCUUCUAUUUCUCUGCUCGCCUUCUACGAGCAAUGGGAAAUCUGGCACGCAUCACACGAGCGCUAAUCCGACAUAGCUCCGAGUACCUCAUCCAAGAAUCGUCCACUAGAACCGGACAUGUUAGACUCGUGAGCUUUAAGGUGAAACCUUUCUCGACCUGUUGCAUUUGCAAAAUACAUUAACUUAAUUCGAUCAUUAUGUGAUAUUUUCUUUCACUUUCAUGUUGAUUUUUAUAUUUACGUAUUCUAUACUGCAGUGUUAAAUGAUAUUUUGUGUUUAGGUGCAGGUGAAUAGUAAAGUAAUCAUAGAUCAAGAAAAUUUUUAAUUUUUAAAAAUUAAUUUUUUUUGUAUAUUUUAUUUUAUUUUUUUACAAAAUUGGAAUAUCAAAUGAAAAUACUAAUUCUCGUAUAGUUUAAAAUAUGCAGCCACACGCUCAAGUUACAUAUAGUAAGAACAGAGUUAUGUAUGCAAAACAAACUUGUAAAAUGACGUAAGACUAUCAUAAUAUUACGUAUCUUAAUCGUAUCUAAUGCUUUUAAUAGCUGUAACUAUCGUAAGUUUAUAGCGUGUAUGUAGUAUGUUUUUUAUGUGCUGGGUGUAAAAUACAAAAUAUCUACGAAUUAAAGAUACGCACAAUGAUGAGAGACUUUAGUAUAAUUGAUGGCUUGAAAGCUAUCUGUAAAUGGUAUGAAUAGAAUCCUCUUUUUUUAAUGCCUCCGAAUGAAAUAAGAUAAAUCUCUGUCAUGAAGUGAUUCCUUGGCGAGAGUCCUAAGUGACUAAUUAUAGAAAAAUAUAUAAAAAUACUAUAAACAUGUAUAUAAGAUACCUGACCUGAAUUUGGGCCAUCUUCAUACAUUGCUGACCCUCAUUUUUACUAAACAAAAUAAAACAAUGAUAAUACCCAUAUUCGGUACGUGCUUAUAACGACGUUGGCGCAUUUUUUAUCAUUCUAGCCGUGUUUUAUAUUCAAUGAACGAUAGAACGAUAAAAAAGUGUAUUACAGCGCGUUAUGAAUAAGUGUAAUGAUUUUUAGUUCCAUGUUCGCGCAUCUGAAAGAAAUAACUAUGACGCAAGUCAGACUGCGACAAGUAGGAGACUAGUCAUACAGUUAGAAAAAAUAGAAUUUUUUAAAAAGGUGCAAGAGGGCGAGGCGUGAGUUAAGUCGAAGCCAUGUUCGCGGGCCUAGUAUCUUCCAGACGGGAUAUCUUCUUGCUGAAAAAGACUGCAAUUUACUGAGCUUUACCUUAUCUUAUCGUAAUCGGCGUAAAACGAUAAUCCGCUUUCGAAGAAAAGCGAGAAGCGCUGUGCAAGCGUUGGAACGAAUGUGGAAUUAAUCGGCACACGAUCGCCAGUGAAACGACGCCGGUGGGCUGAGGCGUGGAACGAAGUGGCGAUGAGCGCGGGAUCGCAAGGUUACGCGAGGGAAAGUCCACCUCGUGCCGCACAUCACCCACACAAUGCCGUUUCGCGCAUUCCAAUUCUCAAAGUGAAAGACCGAAGCCCCGACAUUAAAAACGUCAUACAUAUGGAUAAAGCGCGCGCGCUCGCGCACAUAUGAGCGCCGUGCGGAUGCGAUGAUUGCGCACUCGCGCGGCCUCAUCCAGCCCACAAUACGCGUGCAGCGCAUACGCAUCGCAACUGCGAAAACGCGUGGAAAGCCGGUCUCGGUGCCGCGAGAAACCUGCAUGUUCUCCAGAAUAGCGAAGUCGGCGAAGAAAGGCAAGAAAUGCACGUGAAAUCGCUGACCUGACUUCGGGUUUGGAAUGCCGCGGUAAAGGGUACCUACCUCUCGCGCCCCGAUCAAAUCUGGGAGCAGAAGGAUCGAAUACACACGGGCGCAGUUUCCCCCCCAGUUUAUAAGCUACGGAGGAGGUGUGGUUAUGAUCGGAGCUGGUCGACCUCGUUUAGGACCGGGCGAUGAUGUAACGGGACUUUCGCUGUUGCUGUCGCGGUGAGGCAACAAUGUCCACACAAUGCAAUCGCUUUGUGCAAAACGCCUGGAAGAAGGAGCUCUGCUCGAACUGCUUCAAGCCGAAGGAGGAGCAUGCGCCGGCUGAUGAUGUCUUGCGACUGAAUGUUGAGAAGGCUUCCACGAAUCUGAAGAUUGAUCACCUUCAGCUGCAGAGUAUCCUUCGUGGCAAGACGAUUUGCCGGAAGGAUCAACGGAAAAAGAAUGUCGGUUUCCCCGAGUCUCUCACCGAGGUGAUCGGUUACGGCGGCGAUGACUUCUCCGACGGCGAGGAGGAGAGGGACGGGGGCCAGGGCGACUCCUCCAGGGCGAAAUCGGAGGAUCUGGUGCCGGACAGUGAGGAGGAGCGGGCGUUAUUCGAUUUGACCCGCGCGAACACGAACUUCAAUACGAUCACUGCAAAUUUGACAAACGUCGAGGACACGAAUGGCUCGCACGACACGGCCAAGCAGUCGACAACGUCGUGUGGCAAGUCCUUCGCCUCGUUGAUGCUCGGCAGGAUACAGAGAGACGCCGACGGCAGGAAGACGACUCUCUUGGUGUCCGUAACGCCCUUUGGCGGAGAUGACUCCGUACCUACCGCCAAAAGACCGACCGAUCGAAAAAUUAACGCAAUCAACUUGCAAACCAGUCCGUUCAGAGUAAAACCUGGCGAUGGCGGAUCAUUGGAUAACACUGUCGAAGUCGCAAAGAAAGUCAAUGGAUUAGAGCGGAAGAAGACCGAAGAGCAAGAACAAAAGUCGCUCCCGGAACUGGGGAAGAUCGUAGACAUGCCGUUGAUCACCUCUGCCAAUAUGAUUUCCAUUAUGCGGCGGGAGACCAUGACGGAUACUUCAAACGCGGACGCGGCGAAGACGCCGGAAACGAUGGCACAGAAAUACUCGCCCGUCUGUAAGAUCGACAAGAGGAACGCCACAAACGUUCCCCUUGUCAACACCGUUUCAACAACGGCGAAGAAGACUGAAAUCAUCGAAACGUUGUCGAGGAUGCCUGUCGUGCAAUCCGCGCCGAGUAACGACGUGGGAGAGAGCGUAAAGAGGACGGCGACGGGUAAAAGCGAUUGUGCGAAGGAACAAGAUGAGGGGAAGGAAGGGAGAGACGAGGUCACCACGUUGACGCCUCCGAAGAACGAGGAAGCACCAGAGAGUGAUCGCUCGAUCAACGGCGUCGACAACGGCAAGGAAAUCGAAGGGCGAGAAUGCGAGGGCGCGGAACCGAGGAAGUUCUGCUUCGACAGCAGUCGUGAGCUCGCGGGCGAACCGGACGGCAAAGCGGACGAGGAGGAAGUGACGGAACCGCCGGCGUUGCCCACGAGCCCGCCGCCGGUUAUCAUAACCACGGAACCGAGGGCCUCUUUCCUGCACGGUAACGUUAACGUCGACUCGAAGGCGAAGCCCGUCGUGCCGCAGAAACCGAUGACCUUUCCCGCGAAGGCGAGCCCGCACGAUGGACCGCUCGCCGUGAGGAAAAUUUACAACGGCGAUUACGUAUUACCACCUCCUUCGGUUCAAACCGUCGCCGGUAGAUUCGCGCAGAAUUUAGGUACGCAGGAUAUGAGCUCUCGAUGUUCAACGAAGAAGAACGUUACCAACGAGAUUUUAUCGGAACCCGAUCAAGUCCCGCCAACCAUUACAGCUCAAAACUCGGAAUCUGGAGAUCAGGCAAAAACUGCGUCGAAAUCCACUCUCUCGUUGUUCGCUUCCGUGACCGCGUCGUCAGCCUCGUCGGAAAAUUACCUGACGAGUAACGAAGAGGUGGACGAGAAUACCGUGCUAGACGAAGAGUUUCCGGAAAUCACUCCGGUUUCCAUUUCCACGAUGGAGCUCGUGCGCUCGCCGAACAAGAGAAGAUUGGCCCCGCGACCACCGGAGUCCGCGGAGGAUCUCCUGCCGGUCUCCUCUCUGUUCGCCAGGAAUCCGGGAGCGAAUCUGAAGUCCGAUUCCCCGGUCGUCCGCGAGAAGGAAAAGCGGGAGAGAUCGUCGUCGUGCAGCCCGAAGUUUCGCAAGGCGGUCUGCGAUCUGCCGGAUCCGACGAACGAGAGCGUUAAACAGCAGCCGGCCGAGUCCGUGCCCAGGAGAACGAUAUCUCUGUCGCAGGACAGCCUGGCGACGGAGAAGGAGGUGCGGGAGGAGAAGAAGCGGGGUAGAAAUCGGCGAGGCUUCUCCCUGAAGAGAUUUCUGCGGAUGGGCACGAGGAAGGACAUGGACAUGAUCACCGGUCAGACGUCGGGCGCGAAGACCGACGAGAUACCGUCGACGCCGCAACCAAAACCGCGAUUAGAGAUAAUCCAUCCGCUGGAGCUGGACGGUGCCGCUGUCGAGGUGGUAGGAAAUGACAGGAUCACUACCAGGACGGGUGAGGACCAGACGGAUUUCUGCGGUGUUAAAAACGACGGCUCGAGAACACCGCGGUUUCCUCCAUCUAUAACCGCGGCGAGACCCGGGAAACCACCCCCGCCGCCGAGGAACGAAUCCCUCGAGGAUUGGUCGAGGGUGGACUCGGCGAAUAAGCCAGUUAGACCGCCGCCGCCACGCGCGGAGAUCAAAUUGAACGUCAUCUCGUCGAGAAGCGACAAGACGUCGAAAGCCACUUGGAGGCCAGCCGCCUCGACGACCUCGGAUUCAAUUUACGCGAAUCUGGCAGCGGAGGAUGUUACAGGUGAGGUGCGCAGCGCCUUGGCACCCUCGAAACCCCAAAGAACCGCCAGCUUGAGGGACCGAGCAGUUUCCCAACUCGUCUCGAAAAGGAUGCUGAGUACGUCGGCUGAGGAUCAGCAUCGGGAUUACGACGGGCUCACUGCUGCACGGCCCAUUUCCGGCUCGCCGACAUCCAAUGACAGUCACGUAUACGAGUGCCUCUCGAGCUCGCCCGAGUGUGAUUCGAAUCUCGAGCUGCGGCACGGAAGCGGCGGCGGAUUUCGCGCGGCAUGUAAAAGGAAGUCCGACAGCAGCGCGAUGAUCGGGGAGUCGAAGGUCCAUCAUCAACCCUCGUUCGUGAGGUCGAUCUCGUUGCCGUACUGCGGCAGCGAGACCGAGAGCGAGCUUUACGCGCCUUAUACUUUCUAUACCGGCGACGAGGGCGCCGAGGAGGAUCAGGACUGGAAGAGCACGGACGACGAACCGAGGAUGGGCCGCUUAAGGCAACGCCGGGCGCGCACCGUCGUCCAUCGGAGCCUCGAGGAUAAUUACGGCGCCGUAGUUGUGGCGAAUCAUGAAGCGCUCGCCCAAUUUCUCGAGCAGGAAAAUCAAACUGUCCAAUUUCCGCCAAGUCUGCGCGCACUGAAGAACGCGAACCUUCUGUUGAAGCACUUCAACGUCGACACUCAGUCGUCGGUCUCGGUCGGUAGAAGAAUAUUUUGUCCGGCGAUGUGGAACGAUCAAAAUGUCACUCUCUGCAUAGCAUUCGAUUUAGCUAUGCCUAUGCCACAAAAGGAUUUCUAUUUGACGCCUAUAAUAGAAUUUGUGGACAAAGUGCCGAAGGAGAUAAUCGAGAAAGUCCGGCCGUCCGCGGACGAAGAUGUCGAGGCGACAAUUUCGGUUUUGCCGUGCCUGCACGUAACCACCAUACAAUCGUUCGGCUCGAUGUCGAAGGACAUAAACGGCGAGAGCGCGAGUAGAGAGGCAUCGUUCGUUCUUCUUCAACUGGUCAACGCACUGAAGAGUCUUCAAGCACGUGGGAUCGAGGACGCCAGCAGAUCUUUGAGCGACGUUGUGCUCUGCAGAGAGGACGUUUAUUAUCGGCUGUACCUACUGCAAGGAAGAUUAAACAUAGACCCGAGCGACGAGCCUGGCGAGGAACGGGUCUCCCUAUGCGAGUGCGCUUUAAUAGCACUGCAACAGUUGCAUCUGACGGGCGAGCUACCUCUGAUACAAGAUUUACUGAUACGCGAGAAAGCAGUCACUCUCUCGCAGGUAAAGUCCGUGUUGGAAUUUUCAUUGUGGGGCCCGGCGGAUGUGCCACUCGGCGGUCCACGAGAAAGGGAAGUAGCGCUUCAGAGAUGGCUCGAUCUCGAGCGGGCGAACGUACUUCACGCUCUCAUCAAGACCAAGGCAGCUCUGACCGUUAUAGACGAAUAUCAAUUAUUAUUCUUGGUACGAACUACUGCUAAAAUAAUGAGCGAGGCGUCGGUGCUCCUUGACGAGCAGCGUAAGCGCUUGGCGCAAAGAUGCUGAUGAUAUUCUGUAUAACGUUAUCUUUUAUACAUGACAGUGAGUUGUGCAAAUAUAAUAGCGAGAGAAACUAAUAUUUAACGAUAAACAGGAAAAGAAUAUCCGAACGCAAAGGUAUCUUACGAUUACUGUGCUGCAUUAACAUAACAGAUUUUUCCUUAUACGAUUAAUUUAUGUUUCUCGUUAUCGACAAUUUCUUUUACAGAUUUACAUAAAAACAAUUAUAUUAUUAACUUAUAUUAACUAACGUGGAAUUGAAUCGUACGUUCGCUGGUGAGGAGUAUAUAUAUGUUUAUAUACGCAGGAUAUAUUGGUAUACGUAUAAAUAAUCUCGGACAACAGCUCAAUGUUAUAAAUAUCUUACACGUAAUGUAAUAUCUGACGAUAAGAUAAAGGCGUUAGGAAUGUGCCAAUGCUCAAUCGAAGUGUGAUUUUGCACGUAUGGUGUGCGUUUCAAUGAUACGUUGCGAAUUCGUUUAGAGGUAGCUGUUUCAUAUGUCGUUUUCAGGAAUGUACGAUAGUAUUAUUUAUAACUAUUUAUAAACAUUUUACACACACAUAUGUAUUUGUAGAAAUAAACGUAAUAAUCACAAGGUGUCUGCAAGUUUCGCACUUCGGUAAAUCUGCGAUAAUAAGCACAAUACGGAUGCCACGCGCGCAUUUGAAGAAGAAUAAUUAUAAGAUUAUUAUUGACAUUAAUAUUAAUUCUAAAGCGAAUUGGCAGAGACUUUCAUGUUUUUUUACAGAUUAGUAUAAAAUGCUGAGUACCGCUACUUGCUGCUAAAGUGAUGUGAUAUGAAAAAUAUUAAUUAUACUAUUAUUUUCUCCAA